UGCCAGUGCAGGAAGCAGAGAUGAAGUGAAUAAUUCGUCCUCAGCAUCUGUGCAGUCGGCCGUAUCUCCCAUGGAACACACAGACGUGACUGCCAAGACGACCAAGGACAUUCUAAACCUCGGUGCACAGCACAGGGAGCAGGCGCCCUCUGGUGGCAUCGAGGAUGUCGCGGACGCGCGAGAGGAUCCCAUGGACGUCUCGGAUGCCGCGGAAGUCGUACCGGCCGUUGUUUCCGAACUCGUCGACUCCGUUACGAGACAAAAUCUGUCGUGGACACCACCCGAUGCUUCGUCGCCCGUGCCGCGCCCCGAGCAAUCGUCUGCGUCACCGGCGACGAUGACGGCUCGCGCAGACGCCAGCCUGUCAGCGGAGAAGUGGGAGCAAGUGAAGCCACAGCUGACUAGAAGGAAGCUCCACGAGACGGAGGGGCAGCAGGACCAACAGAGGCGCGCAGCGGAGGGAUCCUCCGCCGGGAAGCCUAAGCGGACGCAGACGAGGGACCGGUCUCCAUUGUCGGACCCGGACAGAAAGACGAAAACUUCUAUCCAGGUGGAGCGGGACCUGCCGUUGAUCCGGCUGUGGCUGUGCAUCAUCUCCGCCGUCGUCUGCCGGCUGUCCGUUGCCAUGGGGAUCGCGAUCAUCUUCGAGUACAGCAUCGUGGGACCGUUUAUCUGCCUCCAGCUCGGCUUUCUCGCCUACGAGAGAUUGAUACUAGAGGACAUUCCGUCGACGGCGCAGCAGCAGAACAUGGUGGUGGCUGCGCUGAUGCUGAGUGGCGUGCCGCCGAACGUGAUCGAGCAGGUGAAUGGCGUUACGGCGAGGGUGACGCUGAUAGCGACCGACUUUGCCGUCUUCUUCUUCACGUUCGUUCUCGUCCACACCAUCUUCAGCAUCGUCGGUCUGUAGCUGCCUUAGCGGGGCUUUCCGCACGCCUCGGCGUAACAGAUGGCUCCACAUCUUCUACCCCCCAAUUUUGACGGUUCAGAUUGGUCGGGGCCUUUACAUAGCGCUGCGCGAAAAGCAGAGGUCGUUCGUUAAAUCGUGUUUCCUUGCAUCAUGUAACGAGAGCAACGGUUUGUUGAAGUUUCUGCGGCUACCGUUUUUUAUAUUUAUAUGAGGGGGAGACAGCCGGUUUCAAGUGCUCUGUGAAGCAUGACAUGCGGCAGUUAGGGUUAGGUUAAAAACCGGGAUGGGAUCUGAUAGUAGUAUGGUUUUAGUCAUGUUAAAGGAAUCUUUUUUGGGGGGGGGGAUGUGUUCAAAUUUGACAUCAUAGGUCUUUUAAGGAUUCUUGGCAAAAUGUGUGCAUGCAAACCUAGUUCAGUAGGAAUCUGUUUGGAAUCCAGGCGGUAGCACCUUUCAUAAUAGGGAUUUUGUAAUGGACGACAUAUAGGACAGGGAAGCUGGUUCAGUAAUGAAUCACGGUUUCAAUUUCUUGUGGGUGGGAUGACAAUGAUUUUCUACACACCUUUGUUUUGAGAGGGGGCUACGUUAUAGCCAGAAAUAGUAAUAAUAUUAGGUCUCUGAUGCAGAGUCUUGGAUGCCGAUGACUGCUACCUAUUGAGGUUGUGAAUUUAAGAUUAUUAUAUUGGAUUACAAUACCUGGGGCUGCAGUUGCAUGGUGUGGGUCCCCACUAAAGCAUCUUUCGGUUAUGCUGUCUAUGGGACAUCUCCUGGAAUGCCCCCUAUUACCAGAGCCCUGUAGACCUGGAGGUUUUCAACCACUGCAAGGUCCCGUGUGCUGCAGUGGCUAGGUCGAGUGUAGUGUAGUGACCCCGAGAAGGAGGUCAUGCUGUGAAAUAAACUGACGUUGCAUCGGCGACAAACGACAAGUUUUAACACGUGGCUAUAGCUGCCUCGUUCGGUUAUUCCAGUUCUUUAUCCAAGUCUCAAAAAUGUCAUCAGAGGUUCAGUGCGAGUUUAGUGUAGCUGAAAAUGCAAGGCAUCGACUGCUUUAGAGUUGACACAAGGUCAGAGAUCCUGAAGUAGCUACAGUCUCUAAAUUACUAAUUAGUCAUACUCGUUAUGUUGUGUACUCGAGAAAUUGGGGAAAUCAUUGUGCACGUGUCAUGCUAUGCCACUGCCAACACGGGAUAUAAAAGAUAUGUUAUUUAUAGUUGGUUAUAUGAUUUAAAAAAAUGACCCACUGUAACUGUAUUCAAAAUGUAAAUUGCAUGAUGAUCUUCAGAUCUUUAGUUAUAAUUAUGCACAAAUAUUAUAAACUACUGUUAAGGUAUUAGCUGUACUAUCCUUAUAGGCUAACGAUUUGUUAUUCUUGUCAUAUAUUUUCCCUGCAACUGUUCCGCUGUUGGUUGUACACUGACAAUGUAUAGUUCUUGUUGGACGCUUGAUAAUAGUUUCAAUCAAAAAACAAAAAAACUUUCA